CCACUGGACUACGCUAGUAGUAUUCAAUCUACCACCCAUACAACGCCAUUCAAAAAAAUACAUACAUAACCAUAAUGUCUAUAUAACCUCUCUUCGAUUUCCAUUGAAUUAGUAGUAACCAGCAACACUAGAUUGUUCUCUGACAAUAAAGAAUCUGCCGCAGGUUUCUUUCGCAAUAAUUUUCAGAUGGGAACUGAAGUAGUGAAGGUGGAUGAAAUUCCCUUUCCUCUCCAAGUCACCCCUUCUACCACCAAGCCACUAUCUUUGCUAGGCCAUGGUAUAACUGACGUUGAGGUUCACUUCCUUCAAAUUAAAUUCACUGCAAUUGGGGUUUAUAUGGAUUCCGAAAUUGUCACGUAUUUACAACAAUGGAAGGGCAAGAAGUGCACUGAUCUUGCUGAAGACGAUGACUUCUUUGAGGCUAUAAUUUCUGCCCCCGUGGACAAGUUUCUGAGAAUCGUAGUGAUUAAAGAGAUCAAGGGCUCGCAAUAUGGUGUGCAGCUAGAAAGCGCGGUGAGGGAUCGACUUGCAGCUGAUGAUAAAUAUGAAGAUGAGGAGGAAGCAGCUCUCGAGGAACUUAUUGAGUUUUUCCAACCUAAAUAUUUCAAGAAAGAUUCUAUCUUGACAUAUUAUUUCCCUGCCGGUUCUUCUGCCCCUGCUGAGAUUACAUUCACAACAGAGGGAAAAGAGGAAUCAAAGAUAAAGGUGGAGAAUGCAAACGUGGUUGAGAUGAUCAAGAUAUGGUACCUGGGUGGAACCAGAGGGGUGUCGCAGACCACCAUCUCCUCCUUAGCCAAUACUCUUGCUGCCGAGUUAUCUAAAGAAUGAGAAGUUAAACGUCUACUGCCUGGGCUUGGAAUCUUGGUCUGUACUUUCUACGUUAAUGGUGUUACCUGGUGUUGGGAUUCAUGGUCUUCCUAAUUUAAUACGUAGUAAAUUCUACUUCAUCUCUUUUACUUGUCGACUAUUAAAUCAGUUGAAACCCUCUGUACUAUUGCUGUUACGGAUCCCUUUUUGGGGAUCCGUAGAAUUUCUUUUACUUCAUAAACAGAGCUACUGGAAUUCCCCUGUAUGUUCUUGUUACUUGAACGCUUCCACUAUUUAA